UGUUUCCGUAUUUAUUUGAGCUGACAUGGACUUUACAAAGUGGUGCGAAACCUGUGAUCCAUGUUAUUCUGGUGUGAAUUGAGAACGUUCCAGAUUUCAUUAGUUGAGCUUUAACUGAAGCGAGGAAAUCUAAACGUUCACAAAGGAGGCUACAAGUUUAACAAAUGUGUUUGCAUAUAUGAUCUGUGAUCUAGAAAUCAUUGUAUUUAGCAUAUUUCGUGUAUUUAUUUUUGAAUUAAGCAUUUCUUUUUUACAGAUUAAAAACAAAUCCGGUCUGUGCCCUCAGACUAUUGGACCCCACUGUACGUAUUUAUCCUUUUCACUGAUGUUUGAGUUAGAAAAAAAACCUCUAUGCUUUUUCAGGCUGUGUGCAUUAUUAAGUCACAUGUGUCUGUCUGCAGCUGUGUCUCACACACUUUAGUUUCACUUCAGACUAUUUAUAGACUAUAGAUGUCCCCUAAGACACAAUCGACAGUGUGAAAAACAGAACAAAGCUCCAUUGUCAUUCACUCAGAAUGCGAGAGGUAUAAUUGACCUACUGCCGCUUUCAUAAACUCUCAGUGAGGGUUCGUUUUUGCAGGUCAGCUGAAUAAUAUGCUUCAAAGGUCUUAACUGAGACUCAUUUGAAAACUGAAUUUCCUGAUGUGUUGUGCAGAUCUGUUUUUAUGAUAUACCGGUGAAAUCUUCUCCAAAUACUAUAAGUUUCACAGAAAUUUGUUCUCUAAAUGUUUUUUUCCUGACCGUCCUUCAAGAGUUUAAGACCGUAAGAUGGCAACAGACUCCGCAUUACAGCCUAGUUGUAUGGACCGCAGCAGUAGCUACCUUCAGUUGGUGGAUGCUUUUGCACAUUCACUGGGUGAACUGGAGCAACACAUGGUUUACGCACAGGAGACAGAUGAAGAUCCACAUCCCUCUUUACUCGUACAGAUGGAGGUAGAGAUGAGCGGUGUGUGUCUGGAGUAUCCUGCGGCUGAUGGAGAUGUUGUGGGCACACGUGUGAGUGUGUUGGAUAAACUGAUACACACACACCCCAUCUGGCUUCUGCUUUCCAUGGACCAGCAAGAGGCCACGGACAUUCUACUGGAACAACCAGCUGGGGUGUUUUUGGUGUGGAGAUCACAUGUCUUACAGAAGAAGGUCUUGUCUUUCCACGUGGAUGAAACAUCAGAUUGUGUCAUUCACAUCCCUGUUAAAGAGAGCCAGUACACAUUUUCUCUGGAGGAAUCAGGAAUCAGUUUUGCUGACCUGUUUCAUCUUGUGGCCUUUUAUUGUAUAAGCAGGGACAUUUUGCCAUCCAUCCUGAAGCUUCCGGAUGCCAUUGGCUCAGCUGAAACUCUGUCUGGUCUGCAUGAGGUUGCCCAGCGAGGGGCAGCGUUUUGGAAGUCUUCUCUCAACCGUCAACACAAGACACUUUGUAUCCCAGACGGUUCUCUGGUUCAGGAGAGAGCACCAAUCUUUGACAUCUCACAGAUUGAGGAUCAAACUGGCUUUUUCCCAAAUACUUCAGAAGGUGGGAGAAGUUUCUCCAGUGCUUUGUCUUUUACCAACCCGGUCUUUUAUCAACAACAGCAUCCCGCUGGAAACACAGCCGUGAUUGCAAAAGACCCGACAACAGCCAACUGAAAAUCUUGUCCGCCUCCUCCACCCAGACCUCCGCCACCACGUCUUUUGGUUCGUAGACCUUCACCUCCUGGUCCGAGAACUAUGCCGUUAAACAUUGACUUUAACAGACUCAGCCAGAGAUCCAAGUCUAGCUCCAAGGGAUCCAAACAAUCCUCUUCCAAAAAACCUCCACCACGACCUCCUCAAGCUCCAGAUAUUGACAGUUACCGCUGCACCAUUGCUUUGGACGACGAGACUAUCUCUAGAGCCCUGUCUCGAGCCAACCUGCCCCACACUCCCUUAAACCAAACCAACAACAACGUCCUACAGCAAUGGACAGGACCUGAAGAGAAAGGACGAAGCUCGAGCGGCCGAAGUUUGUCCACUUCAUCAUCUGACUCUCUGGAUUCUCCUCCAAACCCUCUCCCGUUGAGCCUGUCCCCGAGCGCGGCCCCCGGCCUCUCCACAGACGACAGCAGCGAUGAAUACAACGAAGAAGAGGAAGACUACGGUGUGGGGCUCGAGAAAGACCUGCAUCUCCGGCUUGGUGCUUCCCGCAAGUCAAAGGGAAUCAUGGCGGUGGAAUUAGCGGGGGCUCGUCCGAGAUCAUUCGUCAUCUUACCACAGGCGUUAAGGGGACGCUUCCGGAAGGUCCGAGGUGUCCUCAAUGUUCUGGCUACACCUGAGAGACGCAUCUUGCUGCGGAUCAUUGAGCUAGCCCAGGAUAAAGGUUCUUACUUUGGGUGUCUGGUGCAAGACUACGUGAGCUUUGUGCAGGAGAAUAAAAACUGCCACUCGUCCAGCCAAGAUCUUCUGAAGACACUACGACAGUUCAUGACCCAGAUGAAGGCCUAUCUCAUACAGAGCUCAGAGAUUAACCCACCCAUUGAGUCUUACAUACCUGAAGACCAGAUUGAUGCAGUGUUGGAAAAGGCCAUGCACAAAUGUGUUCUGAAACCUCUGUACGGUUCGGUGCAGUCGGCCCUGCAUGAGUUCCAGGUGGCCAGCGGGUCGUGGCAGCGGCUCCAAGAGAAUCUGUCCCUGGCCAAGACCAAAAAACCCAGAGAACUGGGGGCGAACGCAGCCAGGCCACCAGACAGCCACGCCAUCCAUCGGAUCCGCAGAAAACUCACAGCCAUGUGCAGGAUGCCCUCGCCCGAGAGGAAGAUCGUGGUUCUGUUGAAAGUGUGCAAACUCAUCUACAGCAUUAUGCAAGAUCAGACAGUGCGGCUGUUCGGAGCGGAUGAUUUUCUGCCCAUGUUGACAUACGUGUUGGUCCAGUGUGACAUGCCUCAGCUGGACACAGAGAUCAUGUACAUGAUGGAGCUGAUAGAUCCACCACUGCUACACGGAGAAGGUGGUUAUUACCUCACUAGUGCGUAUGGAGCGAUGUCACUGAUCAAGAACUUUCAGGAAGAGCAAGCUGCCCUAGUCCUCAGUUCAACAACACGCGACACACUCCACCAGUGGCACCAACAGCGCACCGUGCUAAAAAGUCUGCCCUCUGUGGAUGACUUUCAGAAUUACUUGCGUGUGGCUUUGCGGAAGGCAGACAGCGGCUGCACAGCUAAAACCCUGCAGGUGCGGCCGUACGCCACCACAGAAGAGGUGUGCCGCCUUUGUGCCCUCAAAUUCCACGUGUCCGAUCCUGAAACCUACGGCCUGUUUCUCUUUACGGACGACAGCAGCCAGCAGCUGACCGCGGACACGCAUCCUCAGUGGAUUAAAGCAGAACUGCACAGUCGGCCAAACCCUCCAUCUUUUCAUUUUGUUUACAGGAGGACACAAACAUAAACGGAUGCUUUCUUGACCAUCAGAAUCAUGAGAGCUGCCCUAAAGACAAAACCAGCAAGAGAACUGUGUAACAAGUUUCAUAAACGCAAGACAUUGUGUCAAUAGCAGGAGAACAAGGGUGUGACUAAGAAAUGUGUACUAUAUAAAGAAAGAUCUGUAAAGAGAGAUAUUGCAAAAAAAAAUGCAGCAUGUACAGUUAGCACUUUUCUAAAAAUGGUUUUAAAAGUUCUUUUGGUCACUGAAAGAAGACGAGGCAAUAUGAUAAAUGAUUUGUUUGGCAUUGUCAGUGCUGUAGUAUUGAUGCCUGAGGCAAAUACUGUAGGAUUCAUUGUUCUCUCAUCAUUCAAUUCUCGAUUAAAUCUUAAAAGUACAUAUACGGUUUAUCAUGUGCACUUCAACAAACCAAAUAUAUAGGCUUUUUGUUUUUAAAUGCUAGAAAAGAUAUCAGGGAUAUAUGAUCUAUUUUUGUAUUCAGGUUAGUGUUAGUACAGAAUGUGGAAUCUCUAAGCCCUGUGAGGAAAGCACUUUAAGAAUGUGACCUCUAUCAGAGAUCCAGCGUGAUGUGGCUUUUUUCUCAUUUCUUACAACAGUGUGGGAUUGUUUUAUUGAGACUUUGCAGGUUUCUGAAAAAAGAUCACUUUGCUUCUUAACAUUUAGCAUUUGUGUAGUGCUACUUGAAAAAAGUAAUAUAUUUUUGCAAUUUAUGAUGCAUUAAGUGCUACGAAUAUGAAUAUGAUUUAUUUUUCCUGGACUUCCCAUGAUUAUUUAAAGUGUAAAUGUUGUGUAUUUUACUCCCCUUGUAGUAUCUUAGUUGCAGAAAAUUGUUUUUAUUCUUUUAAAAAAUGUACCUCCUCAGAAGAGUAGAAGUGUGAUUUUUUUUAUCAACAAAUAAAGUACACCGUAAAAGUGUU